UGAAGCUAGGGAUAAAAAUUCUAUAUUUCAUAAGUUGAAUGAGAUCGAGCCCAAGCCUGCCAAGAGCAAUAAGAUUAGGUCAAGAGAGUUCAGGUAAGAUCGAGUAGAAUUUGUUGAGGUGUUAGAGAAUACAGAACAGUAGAGAAGUUAGAUAAUAAUAUAGUUAUAUUUUAGUUGCAUCCACAUUUCAAGAUGAGCUAUUAGUUAAAUGAGUUAGUCUUUCAAACAAACUCUUAAUAUUUUUAUAUAAACAUUUUGUGACAUAAUCUUGUUCAAACUUAAACUUCUAAGAAUUAUAAAAAGGUCUAUCUUAUAAUUCCCUAAGAUAUUGUCAUCAUUGCUUCAGAUUCUCCAAUAACCUUCUUGUUUGAUUGUUAUUUACACACUCAACACCUAAAAUCCGGUUACAGAAUUUGGAUGUACUCACCUUCCCAAGUAAACUCCAGCAUUCCAAAUAGAUUUCUCAUGUUAAAAUUGCUUAAAUCUAAAUUAAUUUUCAAACUAGUUAAAACCCCUUCUCUAUGCUCACUGUUGGAUCAUAUUAUAGUCACCAUAGAAGGCAUCACUAAACUUUUGCUAACAUAUGGAAAUAUACGCUACCUUUGUUGAUGCUUAUGGACUCUCUGUUGCAUAUGCUUCUAAUUCUGAGACUAAGAAAUCUCAGAAGGGACUUUUAGAUUUUCGUAUAUGCCCAAGAGCUCAGAAGAACAUCUGUGAUGCUCCUCGUGUUCGACUCCUGGUAUAAGAUGCUUCUCUCUUAUUAAAUUUAGUGUAGGAAUUUUAAACAGCAAAAUCUAUAGAAAAACUGAAAUAACUUUCUUGCUCCAAAUUUUUUAAAUGAUACCCCAUAUUUAACAAAGCUCCAUUACCAUUGCUUUGGAGAUAAACCUCACA